AUGAAUCCUGAUAAACCACAUCAACAGGCCCAAGUGGUCAUUCCUUCAGAGGAACUCGAAAGAAAGAGAAAAAGACAACAUGAUCGAGAAGAGGAAGCAGCUUUCAUGAUGGAUGACCUAAAGUCGGGAGACUUCCUCCUCUUCCUCCAAGAGGUUCCCAAAGCCAAAAUGAGUCAUUGCCGGGCAUGGAGUUGUAUGCCGUAUAAGCGAACUGGAAGUCCGGUCAUCAGAUCCAAUUAUCGGUUCAAGCUAGAAAACGUAUCUGCUUCAUCAAACUAUAAAAUCAAAUACUACCAUGUUACAUGUCUCGAACGUUUUCUGCCUGAUCUGCCUGGUUUGGUACGAGAUGGCUACCUGAAGAUGGCUGGCUACAUCUCCGCCCCAAUUGACAGCGGGGUUUGCCUCCAAUCAUCUGCGGAAGCAAUCGCAGAUUGGUUUCGGUAUGAGGGCAGUACCUUUGACCUUGGAUUCUAUGAACGUUUCAACAAGAGCUAUCAAGAAUGGGAAGGAGACUGGAGUGUGCGUUGCAUCGAGCAUCAGUUGGGUCAUCAAGAAGAGCCAGACAGUGAUUGCAGUUUUUGCCAGUCCUUACCAAUCCCAGAAGAGCCGAGAAAAUCCGAUUACUUCCCAGAAGAACCCUCUGUAAUUAUGUUGAGUCAAUUGUUAGCCUCUGUGAGUGCACAGUCACAUAUUGACAAAUGGUGGCGCUGGAGGAAACAAGAGUAG